AUGAAGGGUAUAUCGGUCGCACCCUAUGGCGAGUAUUGGAGACAGUUAAAGAGCAUUUGUGUUCUUCAGCUCCUGAGCAACCAAAAAGUUCAUUCAUUUCGCAAUAUAAGGGAACAGGAAAUGUCGAUUAUGAUGCAGAAGAUUAAAGACGCUUCUUUGGAUUCAACACCUGUGAAUUUGAGCAAAAUUUUUUUUUCACUGACUAAUGAUAUUGUAUGCAGAUCAGCUUUUGGGAGGAAAUAUGGUGAAGGUGAAAUUGGAAAGAAAUUCAAGCAGCUGUUGGAUGAAUUCUUGAAGUUACUGAAUGAAGGAAGUUUAUUUGAAUUUGUGCCCUGUCUCAAGUGGAUUAAUCGAGUUAAUGGUUACGAUGCCAGAGUGGAUCGUGUUGCUAGAGAAAUUGAUGAGUUCUUGGAGGGCGUGGUCCAAGAAAGGUUGGAUGGUGCAGUGGAAAAACAUUCCUGCAGAUCAAGUGGUGAGACAGCUGAUGGCGUAAGCAGAGGAGAUUUUCUUGAUAUGUUUGAUGAAGAGAAUCUAAAUAAUGAGAUAUUAAUUCAACUCAUUCUCAUAUUUCCAAAUUUCUUUUAA